AAUGAGCAAUCAAAAUCAUCCACCAGGCGGACUGUUUACCACAUCACUGAUCACUUUGUCAUCUCUACAAUUCCUAAAGAAUAUCAAAAAACCAAGAUGAAUAUCGUUAACACUCUACAUCCCCAAAAUGCAAAAGUUUCUUAUUCAACCGGAUGUGAUUGGAUGCAGGCAGAAGCCAGUACUGGGACGUCUAUCAUGGCAAUGGAGUUUAAUGGAGGAGUAAUUAUUGGAGCAGAUUCCAGAGCUACCACCGGUGCUUAUAUUAGCAACAGAACUGCUGACAAGCUGACAAAAAUCACAGACAAUAUCUACUGCUGUCGUUCUGGUUCUGCCGCUGAUACACAGGCAAUCGCUGAUAUCGUUGCAUAUCAUUUAGGAUUCCAUCAGAUGGAACUGGGGUGUCAGCCCUUGGUGGAAACAGCAGCUAAUGUAUUUCGUGAGAUGUGUUAUAAUUAUCGAGACUCUCUGAUGGCUGGAAUUUUGGUGGCUGGAUGGGAUGUCCAGAAGGGUGGCCAGGUUUACAGCAUUCCCAUCGGUGGAAUGUGUGUUCGUCAGCCAAUUUCCAUUGGAGGUUCCGGAUCCACUUACAUCUAUGGAUACGUCGACGCGAAUUACAAAACCAAUAUGACGAAGGAUGAGUCCAUUAAUCUUGUCACCAACAGCUUGUCAUUGGCUAUGAGUCGCGAUGGAAGCAGUGGAGGUGUAAUCCGUCUUGGAAUUAUCACAGAAAGUGGUGUGGAACGUCGACUGAUCCUCGGUGAUGAGGUUCCCAAAUUCUACGAGGGAUAAUUCCAUUUUAACUGAAAACCCAACGGUCGAUUUUUUCUAUUCACUUCAUAAUUAAUGUUUUUUCCAAAAUCCUUAAUU